AUGGAUUGUUUUAAUUAUUAUGAAAUUACUGCUUUGCUAAAAGAUUAUAUUGACAGUUUCUCUAUAAUAUUCACGUUAAAAACCAGCCAUGAAGAUGAAAUUGAUGUGAUUUACAAAAAAAUCAAAAAAAGAUUGAUCAAAACCAAAGUUCUUUCUAUACAAAAGAUUUGUGAUGCAAUAUAUUUUGCAGCCCAAUACAAUAAUCGCUACUAUAACUCAUAUUGGAUACUAUUCAAAAAGAUAUUUGAAGAAUUUCGUCCAACAAAACUCGAUUAUACAACAGAUAGUAUUCUAUCAUUAGAAUUUUUAAUUUCAAAAGGUGCAGAUGUUAAUGCAAAGGAUACCAAUUCUAAAUUAACUCCUCUUCAUAUUGCAGCAAAAUAUAAUUGCAUUAAUUGCACAGAGGUGCUAAUUUCUCAUGGUGCAGAUAUUAAUGCAAAAAAUGAUAAUGGAAAGAGUCCUCUCCAAUUAUCAGUUUCCUUUGAAAAUCAAAGAAUAGCAUUAAACAAAAGAAAUGAAUUAGGAGAGACAAUGCUUCAUAUUGCUGUUGCAAAGAAACAAAUAGGAAUAUCAAAACUACUUUUGUUACAUGGUGCUGAUAUAAAUGCUAAAGAUAAUCAAGGAGAAACUGCUAUGCAUAUUGCUGUUAGAAUGGGAGAAAUAGAAAUUGUAAAACUCCUAAUUUCUAAUGGCGCUAAUAUACAUUUAAAAACUAAAGGCGGAUUGACCUUUCUUCAUUUAGCUGCUGACAAAGGAGAUUAUAUUAUGAUAAAAUUUCUUAUCACACAUGGCAUUGAUGUUAAUGUAAAAUCAGAUAAUGGUGAAACGGCCUUUCAUAUUGUAGCGCGCAAUAAUAUCUUUGAUGGCAUAGACCUUCUUCUUUCACUUGGAGCUGAUAUUGAUGCAAAAGAUAUUAAAGGAAAUACAGCCCUUCAUAAUGCUAUUUUUAAAAAUAAUAUGAGAAUUGCCAAAUAUCUUAUCUAUUAUGGUGCAAAUAUAAAUGCAAAGACUGCAUUUGGAACGACUCCACUUCAUUUUGCAGUCAUUAAUACUGUAAGAAACACAUCAGAAUUUAGUAGAGCUCAAGAAAUUAUUGAACUCCUUUUAUCACGCGGUGCAUAUAUCAAUGAAAAGAAUGAAAAAGGAAUAACACCUCUUCAUUUAGCAUCAAGAAUGAAUGAUGUUUAUACAGCUACAAUUCUUAUUGAAUAUGGAGCAGGCAUUAAUGCUAAAGAUAACCAAGGAAAAACUCCUCUUCAAUAUGCAAAUAAACAUAAUGCUAAUGAAAUUGCAAAACUUCUAAUUUUACAUGGAGCAAAAUGA